AUGAAGAAAAGUUCUCUUGAAGUUCCGAGUGUACUUGAAAGUGACAAAACAUCUAAAGAGCUUUCUGAUAAAAUUAAAGUGGCUUUCUCUGAGGGAUAUAUGAGUGGGCUUAAAAGCAAUACAAAUGGAAAAAAAUCAAAGAACUUAAGGAAUUUUUUUGCCACAAUGUACAAUAUUUGUUUGUAUUUGUUGAUAAUUGUUGUUUACUAUAUAACAGCAAUUCAAUCCCCAGAAUUUAAAAAAUUGUUUGGUGUCAAUAAGUUUAUGGUACAGCCAGAAUUUGUGAAGACUACAUUUAAAGAUGUCAAAGGGUCUGAUGAAGCCAAAGAAGAGCUUGAACAGGUAGUAGAUUAUUUAUCUGAUCCAGAUAAAUAUACCAGUUUGGGAGCUAAAUUACCAAAAGGAGUGUUACUAGUUGGACCACCUGGGGUUGGCAAAACAUUACUAGCUAGAGCAGUAGCAGGUGAAGCAGGAGUUCCAUAUUUCCAAGCUUCCGGAGCAGAAUUUGAUGAAAUCUUUGCUGGUUCUGGAGCACGAAAAAUUCGAGAUUUAUUUGGUCAAGCCAAAGGCCAUGCACCAUGUGUGAUAUUUCUUGAUGAAAUUGAUUCAGUUGGUAAAAAACGUUCCAGUGAAUCUUUCCAUCCCUAUGCAAAUCAGACUGUCAAUCAAUUAUUAUCAGAAAUGGAUGGAUUUACAGAAAAUAGAGGUAUUAUUGUGAUAGGAGCUACCAAUAAACUAGAGAAUCUAGAUUCUGCUGUAACUAGAGCAGGAAGAUUUGAUGUAACAGUUCAUAUCAACAAACCAGAUUUAAAAGGACGUGAAGAAUUAUUAGGAUAUUAUUUAGCUAAAGUGAAAACUGACAAAUCAUUAGAUGUCAGAAGUUUAGCAAGUUUAACCAUUGGUUUAACUGGUGCAGAUAUAUCUAAUUUGGUGAAUCAAGCAGCACUACAAGCUACAGUUGAGGGCUGUCAAACAGUACAGAGAUCACAUUUAGACUUCGCUUUUGAUAAAGUUAGCAUGGGACCAGCUAAAAAGUCCAAGAUACCUGAUAGAAAAGUCAAUUUACAAACAGCCUACCACGAAGCUGGACACGCAAUAGUAGCUUUUUUUACUGAAGAAGCUAAUCAAGUCUAUAAAGUCACCAUUCUGCCUCGAGGAAGUUCCCUUGGUCAUACAAGUCUGUUACCUGAAGAAGAUGAAUAUGGAUUUUCUAAAUCCCAAUUGAUGGCCCAGAUUGAUGUCAGUAUGGGUGGUCAGGUUGCAGAAGAACUUAUUUAUGGGAAGCAAAAUAUUUCUACAGGGGCUUCUUCAGAUAUACAGUUAGCAACUGCUGUGGCAACAAAUAUGGUAACAAAGUUUGGGUUCAAUGAUAAGCUUGGUCCAAGGAAUAUCAAUAUGAAGUCAGCAAGUCCUAACAUGAAAGACAUAGUAGAUAAAGAAAUUGAAGUGGUGUUAAAGGCAACGUAUCAAAGAGCAAAAAAAAUCAUUGAAAGUCAUUCAAAUGAGCUUGAAGUCUUAGCACAAAGUCUUAUGAAAUAUGAAACCUUAGAUAAAAAGGAAAUUGAAGACAUUCUGAAAGGUAAAAUACCGGAUUCUUUCAAGUGA